CCUGCAAAGCCUAUCAUUCGCUACAUCUCCAAGGAAGGGGUCAUGGAAUUCGCUGGCUCCGUCAUUGGUCCCUUCAAUGAGGGCGAGAGGCUUGUUCUUCUCUGCGAAGUUUCGGGAGGCCAUCCAUCUCCGACCAUCACAUGGCACGUUGGCUACUCGGCGAUGAACCGCGCCGUGACGCAGCUUCAAGGUGAGAAGACGCUGUCGUGGAUCGAGCUGCAGCGACUGGAGCGCAGUCACUUCCGCACGGAGGUCACGUGCGCCGCAGCCAGUGGCACUGGAAACCAGCCCAUCAAGUCGUCUGUCACCGUUGACCUCAACCGUAAGUUUGAACGACAAUGCGCAUCCUUAUGAGUUUCACUUAUAUCGGCUUUGCUAAGCAUCGCCCUGACGCUUUAGCCUUCUUGCAAUUUUGGCUCUGGCUACCGACUUCGUCGUGCGUGUGCCUAAUUCCAUCAGAAGUUUAUGCAAUAUAUUCGUACAAGACAUUGUGCAUAUUACGCCAUAAACUGACGUGAGAGAUG